AAAACUUGCAAAUUUUUUUUCGAAGAAAGGAAUAGAGAAAAAAGAAAGAAGAAAAGAGGAGAAAAAGAAAAGAAAAGCUUGUAACCCUAACAUUCUCCAAAUUCCAAUCCCUAGAAUUUGCUAGGGGAAUUCCAUCUCUCUCUCUACGGAGUACAUAUUUCAUUCGAGUGAUUCGAGUUUAGUUUUCAAUCUCAGACAUAUCCAACUAUUCAGUUCAUGUUUGUGUUGAUUGCUUGGUGUUGAUUGAGUAGUGUGAUGGACUUGAAUGUCUCACCACUGCCUGAAGAAGAUGAUGAGUAUUUCGAACACCAUUUUGAGGAAGAUGUAGCACGGCAUGAUAACACAGAGACAUCAGUUCAAACUCUUCGGCGGGAGCGAGAUCAAAGGCGGGAACGAUUAAAAAGAGAUCCGAUAGAUGAUAGACCAAUGCGAGUAUCCCGCCCCUUGGAGCGUGAUGAAGGUCCUGCAAUGAAGAAGUUUAAAUAUGAUAGAAACAGGUUACCUCAUGGUUGGCUGGAUUGUCCAAAAUUUGGCAAGGAAAUUGGUUUUAUUGUUCCAUCUAAAGUUCCACUUGAUGAAUCUUACAAUGACUGCAUCAUUCCGGGAAAAAGAUAUGCCUUCCGUCAAGUAUAUCAUCUGCUAAGAGUGAAGAAUAUUAAACUUGGCAUGAUAGUUGAUUUGACAAAUACAGAUCGUUAUUAUUCAUCGAGUGAUUUUAAGAAAGAAGGAAUUAAAUAUUUGAAGAUUCGGUGCCAGGGACGUGAUGCGGUACCAGAUAACGAGGCUGUAAAUGUUUUUGUCUUUGAGGUUGCACAAUUUAUAUGCAAUCAAAACGAGAGACAACCGAGGAAGCAUGUACUUGUCCAUUGUACGCAUGGCCACAACCGAACUGGUUUCAUGAUAGUUCAUUAUUUGAUGCGGACACAACAAGCUAGUUGCGUCACCGAGGCUAUACAAAGAUUUGCAGAUGUUCGGCCUCCAGGGAUCUAUAAACAAGACUAUAUUGAUGCGUUAUAUGCUUUCUAUCAUGAAACUAGAAGUGACUUAAUUAUAUGCCCUCCAACCCCAGAGUGGAAGAGGUCCUCUGAUUUUGAUCUUAAUGGUGAAGCUCUUCCAGAAGAUGAUGACGGGGUCCCAUAUGCUUCUACCAAUGAAAAACAAGAAAAUGUUCUAGUACUGACCAAUGAUGAUGUCUUGGGGGAUAAAAUACCUGAUCAACAAGAAUUUCAAUUGCAGAGAUUUUGUUGCGACAUCCUCAAAACUGGACAGGCCAGACACCAAUUUCCUGGGUCGCAUCCAGUGUCUCUUGACAGGGAAAACUUGCAGCUUUUAAGGCAGCGGUAUUACUAUGCUACAUGGAAAGCUGAUGGCACAAGAUAUAUGUUGCUCCUUUGUCCUGAUGGGGCGUACCUUGUGGAUAGAAAUUUUAAAUUUCGGAGGGUCCAGAUGAGGUUUCCAUGCAAAAAUAUGACUGAACUACACCAGUAUACAUUGCUUGAUGGAGAAAUGAUUAUCGAUACUGUGAGUCCUCAGAGGCAGGAAAGGAGAUACCUCAUCUAUGACUUGAUUGCCAUUAAUCGCGUGUCUCUCGCUGAGAGGCCUUUCUAUGAGCGUUGGAAACUGAUUGAGAAAGAGGUGGUUGAGCCCCGUAAUCAAGAGCGACGUAAUAUGGACACAAAUGGCAAGCCUCCUUACAGAUAUGAUCUAGAACCAUUCAGGGUUAGAAGGAAGGACUUUUGGUUGCUUUCAACCGUUGGGAAGCUUUUGAAAGAAUUCAUUCCUCACCUUUCUCAUGAUGCUGAUGGUCUUGUUUUUCAGGGGUGGGAUGAUCCCUAUGUUCCCAGGACACAUCAAGGUCUCUUAAAGUGGAAAUAUCCUGAAAUGAACUCGGUUGAUUUUCUCUUUGAGAUAGGAGAAGAUGGCUCUGAAAAUCUUUACCUUUAUGAUCGAGGGAAAAAGCGCUUGAUGGACAACAACAGGGUUUCGUUUGGAGAUGAUGCAGAUCCUGCUUCAUACGCUGGUAAGAUCGUCGAAUGCUCAUAUGAUUCAGAGGAAAACAUGUGGGUUUGCAUGCGAGUCAGGGUAGAUAAGUCAGCUCCGAAUGAAUUCAACACCUACAGGAAGGUCAUGAAAAGUAUAAAGGACAAUAUAACUGAGGAGGUGUUGUUAAACGAGAUAGGAGAGAUCAUUCGCCUGCCGAUGUACGCUGAUAGGAUCCAAAGUGAUAGCAGAGCCAUGAAGAAAGGAAAACCACCCCCGCAGAGAAAGAUGUAAGGUGAAUUCAACAAUCUGUGCUGCCAACAACGGUCAUUGAGUUUGGAUGGUUUCGCAGCAACCGAUUGUAAUUAGGCUUAUUGGUAGCUUGUAAAUUAUUAUCAUCACAGAACUGUUAGCUAAGGGAUUAAAAUCUCAUAGGUAGAUUAGGUGAUUUAGUGAAUAGGUUAUUUGUGUAUAUUGUCAUCAUAAGUUCUCUUUCGUCUCUCCCUUCUCUCUAUUUGGCCCCUUUCUAAAUAAUAUAUUCUAGCUGAGAUGGCCAAUGUUUUACAGCCUAACCAAAUGUCAUAUAAUACCCCCCUUCAGUUUUAUGGGAA